AUGACAGCCGACACGGCUCCCGUGGUGGCUCGACUGCGCCGCCGGCAACACUUCCAUCACCCGCCCGAGGAGCGUGCACACCACCCCGAGACCCUGCCUUUCCUCGGACGCGCUGUUCGCUAUAUCCCCCACGUUGCCAGACAGGAGUCUAGCGCCAAUACAUCCCCCCCUCCGAGCUCGAGCACCAACGAUGCGUCACCACCAGCUAAGAACGAUACCCCAGCCCCUAAUGUCGACACCCAAUCCCCCAGCGUCCCUUCCUCCGGCGUCACCGAUACCCCGCCUCCCAACGUCACCCACAUCACCCCUUCCCCGAGCGAGGCCGCCAAGGUAGACGGCGUGUCGACCGACGAUACCCAUCAGCAGACUCCGCCUGAGUCGACGCCGACGCCCGAUCCCGCCCCUUCCACAGACCCCGCACCGCAAGGGACUUCCUCCUCUUCCGAGUCCGCUCCGCCUGCCGAAACGACCAACAAGCAGAUCGCGGCGGCCAAGUCACAGGAGGUCUGGCAGGCACCACCAGAGACAUCCAUUACACAGGAAUUGGCCGCUGGCCCAACCCAGGAAACUUUUGGCCAGCCAAGCCAAACCACAGCUGCUGCCUCUGCUGAGUCCACCACCGCUGCUGAUACUCCUACAAGCUCAGAAGUCGUUGCUGGCAUCAUCGGUGCUGUCUCGUCCUCGUCAUCUGCUCUCGCCAGUUCAUCCGCGGCUGCCGUUGCAGGCAUUGCAUCUUCGCGCUCGGUCGCGCCUGGGGGGACAUCCCUGACGCCAAAAGUCCAUCCCACCAGCCCAGGUGUGACUGCCUCACCGUCUCGUGCUGCCUCUCCCUCAACUAAUGCCUCAAACUCUGCCACAGCGGCCAGUGCAGGGUCUGAGAACGAGAGCCUCUCCGCUGGAGCGAAAGCGGGUAUCGCAAUCGGCGUUAUCGCUGCCAUCGGCGUGGCCCUGUUGGUCAUCAUGUUCUGUGUUCGCCGUAGCAAGCGCAGCAAAAUCAUCAGCACGCCCGCUGAGUCAAACCCGUACGCCUUUAGCACCUACGGCGCAGCGUUGGAAAAAGGAGGCGCAAGCGACCUGCGCCGCAAUGGCACGCAGCACUCUGCACUCGACUUCUCUGACGGGCCGCUUCCAAACCAACGCUCGCGUUGGAGGCAUCUCUCGACAUUUGCCGUCCCCUUUGCCAAUCAAGGGAGGUCACGCGGUAGCGUGGGGCCUGGCCUGGCGGGCGUGGGGUCCAGCCCGACCCGGCUCGACUUGACCAAGCCCAGCAUGAACCAAGCCCAGGGAGCGUACCCGUACGCGCGCAGCGACUCGGACGACGACCACAGCCAGGUCAUGCAGCUCGACGACGACGCCUCUCAUUUCCGCAACACGCACUACGAGGAAUGGCUAGCGUACGACAAUGCCGGCGUCUUCAACUCCCCCACCGACUCCCCUGCCGCAAACCCAUCGCCAUCCCGUAUCCGCCAACCACAGGCGAGACGCGUCCCUGUCCCCCCCCUUGACCCCGACCCGUUCGCGGACCCCCAAGUGCAAACGCCAACGCGGCCGUCCCCCGCACGCAGCCGCACCCUCGAAAACAUGUACGGCAUCUGCGCGGAAGAGGCACCCGUCGUCCAGCACACACAGUACCGCGUCACCCCUCCACCCGUGCAGGCUCAAAUUGCACAGCAUCAAUAUGCCACGGUCGAGGUCGGCCAUGCUGUCUAA